AUGGCGGCGUUGCUGCUACUCGUGCUCGCGGUUGUUAGUGCUGUGUUCUCGGAGGUCGCAGGCGUGUCAGCAGCAGCGCCAGGGCGUGCGAGGGAAGCGGCAAUUCCAGCGGUCGCUGCGAGCAGCGAGGGAGCCGCGAAGCACGUGCGCGAGAGGAGUCCUUUCAUUGCGCAGACAGCAUGGUCCUCGAAGGACUACCGCAGCAUGGUCCUCUCGUCGAUGGCUCCGCUGCCGGAUGGGCGCCACGUGGCAGUCGCGGAUAGGUCCAACCACGUUAUUCUCAAGAUCGAGCUGCCUCUCUCCGCAAGAAAGAAUGGCACGCAAGGCCAUUCCGACGGGCGGGGGGAGGGGGCGCUAUUUGACACGCCAACGCACCUGGCGGCCGAUUGCCAGGGGAAUCUCUUUGUGGUGGACCGCAGCAGCUACCUGCGCGUCGUCUCCCCACAGGGCGACGUCACCACCAUCCGCAACAGCAGCAGCGUGUCUCAUCUCCCCCCUCCACAGCCGCCAUUCAUGCGCAGCACCCACGCACCCACCACCACCACCCUCGCUCCGUAUCCCCCCGCCCGAGCACUCCUAGCACGCAUGCAUCACAGUGGCGAAACACCAUCACCAUCCGCACGUCCACACGCCGGCAUCAGCCGCAGCGAGAAGCAGCCUUUGCACUUGGACUCCAAACCGCACCCCCCCGCGGAUCCAGCCAAGCUGGGCUCUGGCGUGUCUGGCAUUUGGUAUAACGCCAGUAGCGGCGUGCUCUAUGUCGUGGACACCGGCAGGCAGAGGAUCGCUGCCUUUGCACCUGCACCUGCUGCUGCUGGAUUUUCUGCUGGUUACGUGGCUGUGUCGACGGAAAAGGCGGCGGCUGCUGCUGCUGCUGCUGCUGCUGCUGCUACUGCUGGCAGUGGGGGCUUGUUUGGGGAUGUGGCAGGGAUCCCUGGGUGCUUGUGCAAUGCCAAGAACAGCUCGGGAGGAGGAGGGCAUGAUGCUCCGCCGUCCUCCCCAUGGCACGCAACGUGGCGAGACACGGAGGUGGCAGGGGGUGCGUUUGCAGCUGGUGUGCUGUGUGCUCAUGGCAAGGCGCUUUUCACAGCGGCAGCUGCCGGCACGUCCCAUCUAGGCUCCGCGCUGUCGCUUGUCAUCCAUCGCAUCGCAUCUACAGCGCUUGCAGUGCUGCUGCUGCUCUUCUCUCUCCCUAGUCGCUUCAUGCAGCGACCACGGAGUACCGAGUCUUCUGCAGCAAGCCCUGAAGCCCCUGUGGCAGCAGAGGAGAGCGAGGAGAAUGGGCUACUGAUUAGCUUCUCCGAUGAAGAAGUGGAUGAUGUGGGGGAUGGCCAGGCAGAGCACUGUCCUUCCAUUGCCAGCCAAUAUGCUCCCCUCGCUCCUCCAGCCUUGGGUUUAACUGCUUCCUUUGACACCAUGCAGCCGCAAAGGAGCGCAGAACUUCCUGUUAGUAUCUCUGCUGCCGCUGGUGAUUUCCCUGGUGUGAAUGGUGGCAGCAUUGAAUCCCCACCAAGGGCCAUGACAGGCAUAAAAUUCGAUCAUGCUGUUGCCGCAGGCGAUGAUGCUUCUGCUGCUGGAAGCACAGGUGGGGCAGCAUUAGGGAGCCAUGGGAAUGACACUGCCGCUUCUUUUUCUGCUGAUGAAACCCCCCCUGCAGUGACCGGAGCUGCUUCUGCUGAUGCGUUUGGCAAGCUUGUGAAUGAGCAGGUGGUGCACACAUGGGCGUCCACACUUCAGCAUGAUGCUGUCAUCUAG